UCUCUUUCAUUUUCUCUGUUGCAGUGUUUUUGAAGCGAAGAUAAAAAGCCAAAUUGCACUUGCACGCUCUUUUUUCCUUUUCUUUUUUUAUUAUAUUUCAUUUCAUUUUCAUCUUCCCUCUCGCCGGCAACUGCACCUGCCGAUUACAAAUCAAAACGAAACAACCCAACUCUCUCUCACUCUCUCUCUCUACAAUUCGUUACGCAUUCUUCGAGAUCGUCAGGGUUUGAGUGCGAACAACAAUGUCAUCAGAGGAAGAAAAGUUGUUGAAGGAAGCAAAGAAACUUCCAUGGGAGGAUCGUCUUUCUCACAAAAACUGGAAAGUGCGAAAUGAAGCCAAUAUUGAUCUGGCUUCUCUCUGUGACUCAAUCACCGAUCCUAAAGACCCUCGCAUCCGUGAAUUCGGUCAUUUUUUUAAAAAGACGGUGUCGGAUUCGAAUGCUCCGGUGCAAGAGAAGGCACUUGAUGCAUUGAUUGCUUACUUGCGAGCUGCAGAUGCUGACGCUAGCAGGUUUGGGAAGGAAGUAUGCGACGCGGUUGUGGCUAAAUGUCUGACAGGAAGGCCAAAGACAGUGGAGAAAGCUCAGGCAGUGUUCUUGCUCUGGGUGGAAUUGGAGGCUGUGGAUGCGUUUCUGGAUGCAAUGGAGAAAGCGAUAAAGAACAAAGUUGCUAAAGCAGUGGUGCCUGCAAUAGAUGUUAUGUUUCAAGCUUUAAGUGAAUUUGGAUCUAAAAUUGUGCCCCCAAAAAGAAUUUUGAAAAUGCUUCCGGAACUCUUCGAUCACCAAGAUCAAAAUGUUCGCGCAUCCUCUAAAGGGCUGACUCUUGAACUUUGUCGCUGGAUCGGUAAAGAUAAUGUUAAAUCAAUCUUGUUUGAGAAAAUGAGAGACACAAUGAAAAAAGAGUUGGAAGCGGAAGUUGUAAAUGUUACGGGAAUAGCAAAGCCAAGCCGUAAAAUAAGAUCCGAGCAAGACAAGGAACCUGAACAGGAAACUAUAUCUGAGGUUGUGGGUGCUGGCCCUGCUGAAGAAUCCGGGUCCGAUGCUCCUCAAGAAAUAGAUGAAUACGAGCUUGUUGAUCCGGUUGAUAUUUUGACUCCUUUGGAGAAAUCAGGAUUUUGGGAUGGAGUGAAAGCUACCAAAUGGCUUGAAAGGAAGGAGGCUGUUGGUGAGCUGACAAAGCUUGCAUCAACAAAAAGAAUUUCCCCUGGUGAUUUUUCUGAAGUUUGUCGGACCUUAAAGAAGCUUAUUACAGAUGUGAAUAUUGCUGUUGCUGUUGAAGCUGUCCAGGCUAUUGGCAAUCUUGCUCGUGGAUUAAGAACCAAUUUUUCUGCGAGCUCUCGUUUUUUAUUGCCUGUUUUACUUGAAAAAUUGAAAGAGAAAAAACCUACCAUGACCGAGGCAUUGUCUCAGACUCUUCAAGCGAUUCAUAAAGCUGGAUGCAUUAGUCUUGUUGAUGUUGUUGAAGAUGUUAAGAUAGCCACAAAAAACAAAGUUCCCCUUGUGCGAUCAUCAACAAUGACAUGGGUUACAUUUUGCAUUGAAACAAGUAACAAGGGUAUUAUCACAAAGGUGCAUAAGGAUUAUGUGCCAAUCUGCAUGGAGUGUCUAAAUGAUGGCACUCCUGAAGUGAGGGAUGCCGCCUUUUCAGCAUUGGCAGCAAUAGCAAAGUCGGUUGGCAUGAGACCUCUAGAGAGGUCACUGGAGAAACUUGAUGAUGUUAGAAGGAAAAAGCUUUCAGAAAUGAUUUCAGGUUCUGAAGAUGCUGUGCCCGGUGGUUCUUCUACAGUUUCUGUGCAAAAUGCACGUGCAAGUGCCUCAUCUACAGAGACUGGUGCACCUGUUAGAAGUGCUGCAAGUAUGCUUAGUGGAAAGAGACCUGUUCAGUCAGCUCCCGUCACCAAGAAAGGGGGGGCUGUAAAGUCGGGUACAAGCAAGAAAGUAGACGGAGUUUCACAAAAGGCUUCAAAAUCGAUUGAAACACCCGAAGAUGUUGAGCCCACUGAGAUGGGUCUUGAAGAGAUUGAAAGCCGAAUAGGUUCUCUUCUACAGUCAGAUACCAUCACUUUAUUGAAAAGUGCUGUGUGGAAGGAGCGUCUUGAAGCUAUUUCUUCGCUGAAACAGCAAGUUGAAGGUUUACAGAAUCUUGACCAAUCCGUAGAAAUAUUGAUUAGAUUACUGUGCACCUUGCCUGGUUGGGGCGAGAAAAAUGUUCAGGUUCAACAGCAGGUUAUUGAAGUUAUCACUCAUAUAGCUUCAACUGCAACUAAAUUCCCGAAGAAGUGUGUAGUACUUUGUCUUUCGGGAUUAAGUGAACGUGUAGCAGAUAUUAAGACACGGGCACAUGCUAUGAAAUGCCUCACUACUUUUUGUGAAGCAGUUGGUCCAGGAUUCAUUUUUGAAAGAGCCUACAAAAUCAUGAAGGAGCAUAAGAAUCCUAAGGUUCUUAGUGAGGGGAUUUUGUGGAUGGUUUCUGCUGUUGACGAUUUUGGUGUAUCACAUUUAAAGCUUAAGGAUUUAAUUGAUUUUCUUAAAGAAACUGGGCUGCAGUCAAGUGCAGCUGCUACUAGAAAUGCUUCAAUUAAACUCUUAGGUGUUUUGCAUAGAUUUGUUGGUCCAGACAUAAAAGGGUUUCUCACCGACGUUAAGCCUGCACUGCUGAGUGCUCUUGACACAGAAUAUGAGAAGAACCCAUUCGAGGGAGCAUCUGCAGUUACCAAAAAGACUGUCAGGGCAUCGGAUUUAUCAUCAUCCGCGGUGGCUGGUGGGCUGGAUAGCUUGCCUCGUGAAGAUAUUAGCGGAAAGAUUACCCCAACUCUCUUGAAGAGUCUUGAAAGCCCCGAUUGGAAGGUUCGUAUGGAGUCUGUUGAUGCUGUAAACAAAAUACUCGAAGAGGCUAAUAAGCGCAUUCAAGCAACUGGAACUGGUGAGUUAUUUGGUGCUCUUAGAGGACGGCUCUUUGAUAGCAACAAAAACAUAGUCAUGGCUACCUUGACUACAAUUGGUAAUGUUGCAUCUGCAAUGGGUCAAGCUGUAGAGAAAUCAAGCAAAGGCAUUCUGUCUGAUAUAUUGAAAUGUCUCGGUGACAAUAAGAAGCACAUGAGAGAAUGUGUACUGAAUACUCUAGACUCUUGGCUAGCUGCUGUUCAUCUUGAUAAAAUGGUUACAUAUGUUGCAAUUUCUCUGGUUGAUUCCAAACUUGGUGCGGAAGGGCGUAAAGAUCUUUUUGAUUGGUUGUCUAGGCAACUUUCUGGGUUAAGCAAUUUUGCUGAAGCUGCACAACUGCUGAAGCCAGCCUCUUCUGCAAUGGCAGAUAAAUCCUCUGAUGUUCGUAAGGCGGCAGAGACUUGCAUUAAUGAGAUACUGAGAGUUAGUGGGCAUGAUAUGAUUGAAAAGAUAGUUAAAGAUAUUCAUGGACCAGCACAGGCACUUGUUCUUGAGAAGCUAAAACCCUAUGGAGCUUUUCAAGAGUCAUUCGAGCCAGCCACCAGAUCAGCUUCAGUGGGAGUAACAUCGAAAGGUGUUACGAAGGUUGGGAAAUCAACUGCCAACGGUGUUUCAAAACCUGGAAAUAGAUCUGUAUCUUCGCGGGCCGGGGCAAUAAAGGGCACUAAAUCUGAACAAAUAUCUGCACAAGAUAUAGCAGUUCAAACUCAGGCCUUGCUAAAUACCAAGGAUUCAAAUAAGGAUGAUAGAGAGAGAUUGGUUGUUCGAAGGUUUAAGUUUGAGGAUCCACGGAUUGAGCAAAUUCAAGAUCUUGAGAAUGAUAUGAUGAGGUAUUUCAGAGAGGAUUUACAUAGGAGACUCUUAAGUGCAGAUUUUAAGAAGCAAGUUGAUGGACUUGAAAUUCUGCAGAAGGCACUUCCAUCCAUUGCUAAGGAAGUUAUAGAAGUUUUGGACAUUCUUUUGAGGUGGUUUGUAUUGCAGUUCUGCAAAUCAAACACAACAUGUCUAUUAAAGGUGCUGGAAUUUCUUCCUGAGCUGCUCGACACUUUGAAGGAUGAAGGGUAUUCUUUGACAGAGUCUGAAGUUGCAAUCUUUCUUCCUUGCCUUGUAGAGAAGUUAGGGCAUAACAUUGAGAAAGUACGUGAAAAAAUGCGGGAGUUGACUAAACAAUUUGUUGUAGUUUAUUCCGCAUCCAAAUGUUUCCCUUAUAUAUUGGAGGGGUUGCGCUCUAAGAACAACCGAACUCGAAUUGAAUGUGCUGAUCUUGUAGGAUUUAUUCUUGAUCAUCAUGGGGCAGAGAUUAGUGGGCAACUGAAAUCAUUGCAAAUUGUUGCAAGUUUAACGGCCGAACGGGAUGGGGAUAUUAGGAAAGCUGCCUUAAAUGCACUUGCCACUGGUUAUAAAAUUCUCGGUGAGGACAUAUGGAGAUUUGUCGGGAAACUAACAGAUGCUCAAAAAAGCAUGUUAGAUGAUAGAUUUAAGUGGAAGGUCCGGGAGAUGGAAAAGAAGAAGGAAGGAAAGCCAGGGGAAGCUAGGGCUAUUUUACGGCGUUCUGUCAGGGAAAAUGGGUCUGAUGUCGCAGAGCAAAGUGGAGAAAUGGCUAGAUCUCUUCCUGGUCCGUUAUUGAGGAGAAAUUAUGCUCAACCUGAUAGUAACAUUGAGAGACAAUUGAUGCCUCGUCCUGUGGCUGUUGCCAGUAGCCCCACUGAUUGGAAUGAAGCACUUGACAUUAUUUCUUUCGGUUCUCCUGAGCAGUCUGUUGAAGGAAUGAAAGUUGUCUGCCAUGAGUUGGCUCAGGCGACUAGUGAUCCAGAAGGCAAUGCCAUGGAUGAACUCGUUAAGGAUGCAGAUAGGCUAGUUUCAUGCCUUGCAGAUAAGGUUGCAAAAACUUUUGAUUUCAGUUUGAGUGGGGCUUCAUCGCGGUCCUGUAAAUAUGUGCUCAACACUCUCAUGCAGACUUUUCAAAAUAAAAGAUUAGCACAUGCUGUAAAAGAGAGCACUCUUGAUAGCCUCAUUACAGAGCUUCUUCUGUGGCUCUUGGAUGAUAAUGUUCCACGCAUGGAUGAUGGAAGCCAGUUGUUGAAAGCAUUGAAUGUAUUGAUGCUUAAGAUUCUGGAUAAUGCAGAUCGAACUUCAUCCUUUGUUGUCCUAAUUAAUCUUUUACGUCCGCUAGAUCCAUCGAGGUGGCCUUCACCUGCACCAAAUGAGUCACUUGCUACCAGAAACCAGAAGUUUUCUGAUCUGGUUGUGAAAUGCCUUAUCAAGCUUACAAAGGUCCUUCAGAGCACCAUCUAUGAUGUUGACUUGGAUCGCAUACUUCAAAGCAUCCAUCUGUACUUGCAAGACUUGGGAAUGGAGGAAAUUAGGAGAAGGGCCGGUGCUGAUGACAAACCCUUACGAAUGGUGAAAACUGUUCUGCACGAGCUUGUUAAGCUUCGUGGUGCAGCAAUUAAGGGUCAUCUCUCAAUGGUUCCUAUCGAUACGAAACCUCAACCCAUCAUCCUUGCUUACAUUGAACUUAAUCUUGAGACUUUGGCUGCUGCAAGAAUGUUGACUGCAUCUGGACCCGGGGGGCCAAACCAUUGGAAUGAUUCAGCAACCAAUAACUCAGCGGCUGGAACCCAUUCUGCUGAUGCCCAGUUGAAGCAAGAGUUGGCUGCAAUAUUUAAGAAGAUCGGGGAGAAGCAAACUUGCACAAUUGGUCUAUAUGAACUUUAUCGGAUUACUCAAUUGUACCCAGAGGUUGACAUAUUUGAUCAGCUUCAAAAUGCCAGUGAGGCAUUUCGCACUUACAUCAGAGAUGGUCUUGCCCAGAUGGCGAAGAAUGCUGCAGCUGGAAGAACUCCGUCAAGCAUGCCAAUGCCGACUCCUCCACCAGCAUCUUUAAAUAUAUCUUCCCCAGAUUUUGCACCCCUCUCUCCUGUAAAUGCAAAUUCAUUGAAUGACGCCAGAUUAAAUGUGAAAUCCGAACCAACAAAUUUCAAUCUACCGCCAUCAUCAUACAGUGAGGAGAAUAGGGCUGUGAAUGCCUUUGCAUCGAGAGUGUUAAGUUCUGAUUACACCUUAGGUGACCAAAGAAAUGAUAAAUUUAUGACCGGAGUAACAAGUGGGACAUUGGAUGCAAUCAGAGAGAGAAUGAAGAGCAUGCAAUUAGCAGCUGCUGCUGGGAGCACAGAAUCUGGUACUAGGCCAUUGACAAGUGUUAACGAUAACUUUAACCAUGGACUUCCUCAUAGUCAGAUUCCUCUUGCAUCAGAACAUGUUGGAGCUGAAAAUACUUUACAAGGUGGGGUACAUCCUGUAGAUGAAAAAGCUUUGUCAGGGCUUCAAGCACGGAUGGAACGGCUGAAAAGUGGAUCCCUUGACCCUCUGUAGCGUGAUUAAGGUAAAGGGAAUUAAUUUCCUUUCCUUCCCUAGAUUUUGAGAACAUAUUUGCCACUGAUGCUGUGGCAUGCAAUCAUAAUUUUUAAUGCGGGUGGAUAUAUAUUGAAUGUAUAGUAUAGUUGAUAGAGCCGUUAUCCAUAAAACUACAGAGAUUCUGAUGUGGAAGAGAAUCAGAUGACCACGGCAUUAUUUCACCUCAUCCUUUGUCCACUAGGCCUUUGUAUAUUGUAGCGGUGCUGUAUGUUUGUGACAGGAAUUAUGUAGAUUCGUCCAUUCAAUCCAAUCACAACUAUUUCAGUGGUGACAGGGUUUCCUGGGGUUGUAUUUUUUAGCUUUGUCAGAGGAAAUUUUGACAUAGAAUUGCAUUUAUUUAUGCAAAUGAUUGUAGGACACAGUGUUUAAUGUCCUUUCAUUAACGUUUUGAUUGUUUCAUUUCUA